AUGGCAAACAUGAGCCUGAAUCUCAAAAACGUGGACCGCCGCGACGACCCUCGAUGCCGCGGAGCCAUAGAGAACGACUCGCUCUUAAAUGAGCUUCAGUCGGACUUCCACGAGGGCGGGAUGAACACCUUGAACGCCAUCAUCUUACCAAGUGAUACAACGAGGCCGGGAAGGAGGGGCUUUUGCAUGAUGCCAACUCCCAGACAGAAUUUCUUGAUCGAGCCAGUGCUCAAGCGGGACGGCGUCGUUGUCACCAUGCGCGGGGAUGAGCUCCCUAUCGUUAUCCCAAUAUUGGCGCACGAGGUGUUCCACUGGUUCGGCUUGACCCACGUACCGUUUCGUUCUUCUUCCCCGGUAAAGGUAGAAAAUCUGAUGACGUCUUCGACCGCUGGGGCGUCGGAGCACGAUUUGAGUGAGGAACAAAAACGUGUUGCGCGGCAAUGGGGCUACAUUCGGGAUCAUGGCCAAGAGGACAGAACUGGACUUGACCAUGACGUCUCUGAUCCUCCUCCCACGGGCGUGGGCGGCACGUACGCUCCCGGAUCAGGUCCGAUGCCAGAUCCUCAGGCGGGUAACGGGCCUCCUGUCGAGGGCAACAACGGGCUGGAAGGCGGGGGCCCCAGAGCCAAGGCUACGUGUGGCGAUGCAGGUAGCGGCGGCCGUGCUCCCGAUGGCAGCCAUCUUGAGGAUGGAAACGCCGCGGGCUCUGCGGGCAACCGUCUGGGAGAUGGAGGACUGCCUGGCGGUGCCCCUCCCGUCCCCGGUGAUAAGCACCAAGAAGUCUCGUGGCUGAGCGGCCAGUAUCGCCGCUCGAAGUAA